CUCGCGGUCUCAUCAGAAAAGCGCGCGAAAACAAAAACAUUUUUGCAGUGAUAUCGGCUCAUCACGAAAAUGGAUGAAAAAAUCAAUGCUUUUUCGUUUAAAACUACUGGAUUAGAAGAAAACAGGGACGACGACGAAAAAUCAAAACCAAAUGAUAGCCGACCUAAAAAAACGAAGAAAAAGCGAAGAUAUGCAUUCAUCGAGGACCUCGAGGAAUAUAAAAAACAAUGCAAAGUUCCUUCAAACACCUCCUUUGAAUCAAACGAAGACUUUGGUCAACCCAUUCCUGAUCUCUACCCAGAACUAUGUGACACUGUUGAAGAUAAUGUGGAUAGAUCACCUAGUACAGAGGAAGAAAAGACUUUGCAUGCAGAAAGUAUGGCAGAAAGUCAGCCUAUUGGAGUAAAAAAGAAAAGAAAAUCAGGGGGAAACAUAAAAAGUGUGAUUAAGGAUGAAGAGAAUGAAGAUGUGAAACAAAGGAUUGGGUCUUGGGUUCAGUGCUGUCGUCCAGAUUGUGGUAAAUGGCGGUGUUUGAAUAUCACAGUGGAUGCACAUGAUGUGGCUGACAAGUGGGUUUGUGCAAUGAACCCAGACAUUAACUUCAAUAGAUGUGACUCCAUCCAAGAAGACUUUGAUAGUCAAGACUCUGAGUAUGACGUCAUCUAUACGUCAUUUCCGGAAGGUUCUAUUGUCUGGGCAAAAGUUGCAGGAUAUCCGUGGUGGCCAGGUAUGAUGGAGGAUGAUCCAGAUUAUGGAUAUUAUUGUGAAGCUGACAAAGACAACAGUAGAAUACCAACUAGCUACCAUAUCGUGUUCUUCGAUAAAGAAGUGUCCAGAGCGUGGAUAAGUCAACAUAAUGUUCGUCCUUUUCGAGCUAAUGACGUCCCUGAAGAACAAGGAAGCGUCGUCUUCCGAGGGAAGAACUACAAGAAAAAGCUUGACCAAGCGACCGAGCAAGCGAAAGAGGCUCUUGUCCUUCCGCCAGAGGAGCGACUUAAAGUGUAUGGGUUUGCACAAAGAUAUGGCGGCAAAAUAAGGGGUCCUCGGAAGGUCAAGACUCCGAAAGAAAAGAAAACGAAAGCAAUUGUCGCUGAAAAGAAAGAGAGCAUUGUAGAAGAAAACCUACUUGAAGACAGUCCAAAMAGUCUUGAUAUCUUCAUGGAAUUGAGUGAUGAAUUCCAAGCCAGUGACAACAAUGAUAACUACUCUGAUGAAAUCAAUACACCAACGUUAAAGAAAGCUACACCUCCAAUAGAAAAUAAGGCUAAAGGCCCUAGUAAGCCCAAACCAAAGGAGUACUUUGCUGUAAAAAGUAAUAGAGGAGGAUCAAAAGCGCCUAAAAGAGAUGAGAAAGCCAAGACAACCCCUUCGAAGUCUCCAAAGGGAAGUGACGAAAAAAAGUCUAAACGUGGAAGGAAGCCUAAGAAGUCCCUGGAUGAGAAUGUAAAACAAGAGGUCGCGUCUUUUCAAUCUCCCAUUUCGUCAAGUACUGCCACAGUUUCUGUGUCUUCUCCUGUGACAACUGAAAUGGGUGGAAACUCCACUGACGAGCCAAACUCAGAAACGCAAGAAACAGCGAAGCAAAAUAAAAUCAAGGAAACUAAUUCGUUGGAGAAGAAACCGCGUUUGGUGCCUUCUUUAAAAAAGGCGAAGCAUAAGAUUCCAAAAGUUUCUUUUGUAACUCAGACUGAUUGCGAAUCUUUACCAAAUGACAAGAGAGAGAGCUUAGAUGAUCAAUGUGAAGUCGACAUUAACACAAACAAGGAGAAGAAACAACAUUUGGUGUCUUCUUCAAAAAAACCGAAGCAUAAGGUCCCAAAAGCUUCUUUUGUAACUCAGGCGGAAGGUACAUACUUGAAAAACCACGAGGGGGAUAGCGUCCUGGAUGAAAAACAUGAAGCCAAGCAAACGAAAUCGCCGAAGAAACCUCGUUUGAUUAAACCAAAGCAGAAGCAAAAGGGUAAUGACACCAUCUCAUCAAGUUCUGAAAAUAAUGCGCGCAAUUUACAUAUGGAAACCCAAGAAGAAAGUGAAGCAGGAGCAGAAGCGUUUGACGAUCAACAAAAAGAAAAGAUGGUUAAGGAACAAGUAAUCACAAACAAGAAAAUAGAAGAACAAUUAAUCAAAGAAGAGACAUGCGAAGAACAAAUGAUCAAAAAACAGCCGAUCAAAGAACAUAUAAUCAGUGAAAAAGCAAAGAAACAGACUASCAAAGAACCGAAGGCUAAAAGCCAAAUGAUCAGAGCUCCAAACGAAGUCAGUACUCAAAUAAGCGUCGACAAAGAAAAAAUGAAUAAAAUGGGCUGCAAAUCCAUUAAAAAUGCGUCCGUGCAACAAGAAGAUUCCUCAAGUAAGACGACGACCACUCCAAAUCAACCACAGCAACCAAAGACCGUACACGUACCAACACCAAUGCCCAAGCUUAUUAAAGCAUCUUUUAGACCACCGUCAAAGACGGACUCAUCGGAGAACAAGGCGCAUAAGAAAAUGCCUAAGCUCUCGAAAGUGCAGUUCGUUCAACCUUCUCGUGUCGAUGGUAAUGACAGCGCAAAGAAUGAUAGUGAUAUGACACAGCGCAGUAAUAGCAUGGCAAUCAGUGAUUUAUCUCAAGAAAAGCCGCAGACGAAAUCAUCGAAGGAACUGGAAGGAAGUGCGAUUGCAUGCAAUGAUCCUUGUUUGGCAGAUGAGGUAGAUGUGGAGUUGGAAAAGCUGGAUAAAGACAUCGAAAAUAUGAAAAAGACAUUCGAGUCAAAUGAUUCUGAACUUGAAAAGCUUCGUUGCAGCGAAGAGUCUCCAGAAUUUUAGACAUUAGACUGGAAAUGGGCAGUGGAUAACAUCCCAAGUCAAACGUAGGCAAUUCGCGAUAAUUUACGUGAGAAUGUACAGCUAUAUUUAAGAAGACUUUGAAUACAAUCACUUUAGACUACAUAUAGUACAUUCCAAGACCUCGAUGCAUUAUUUCCAGUAAACUCUAUGUCGGUGGCGUAACAAUUCGUUUUCUGGUUACGUCACAGCGGCCAUAUUGGAGGAACUUUCACAAAAAAAUUCUC